CAUACAUAAACCCUCUAAACUUCUCUCUCCGGCGGCAGGUAUAUAGUUUAGCAGCACCACCGUCGCACACACCUCAAAGACCAAGAUAAAUGGCAUAUAGAGGUCGUGGAGGAUUUGGACGUGGUAACUUUGCUAAGGAAGAGCCCUUUGUGCCAUUUCCUGAUAUUCAUUUACCUGAUGCUGGAGGUAUUUUGUCUGAGCUAGAUCAAAAGAAAAACAAAGGUUUGAAGGAGGAAGAAACAUUAAUCAGAGAUACUCUGAAUUGGCUAAUGAAAUCCGAAUAUAAUCUUGACAAGACUGAUAGACAAGACAAGGAUGUUGAAAUAUCUGAGAGAACCAAGCGAAAGGCUAAGAGAGAAAUUGAUUCUUUCUCACAGUAUUUGGUGCCCAGUAUGUUUCCUAGAGAACUGACUAGAGGUUCAAAUGUGCGGCAGGUGAGCAGAGAAAAUGUUAAAUGGGACAAACGGAACACAGAAAAGAACUCUGAGAUAUACUGGAAUCAAAUUGAAAAGCGAGAACAGAAUUCGGAUGCAAAGAAACAGAAAGAAGGUGAAAAUGAUGAGGAAGAGGACGAAGAUGCGGAUGCGGAAGAGGAGGAAGAUGAGGACCCUAGUGAUGAUGAUUAUGCUCAGAACAUAGACUUUGAUGACGAUGAGGAUGAUUUUAAUGCAGACGAUGGUGAUGAUGAACCUCUUUUGGAGGAAGAUUAGAUGGUGUUGCAUACAACCUGGUCAAGAAGAUUACAGAAUCACUCCUCUUAAUUUAUCUUCGACUAUCAUCAUUGUUACCUCUUAGGCUUGCACAUGUAACUAAUAAAUUUUAUGGACAAUGUUACAGUUAAUAUUAGAGUACCAUAAUCAACCAUCUUAAAGCUUAUUGAAUCUCUUGGUUGGUUGA